AUGGGGUCGUUGUUCAGAAGUGAGCAAAUGGGACUCUAUCAACUUCUGGUACAAAAGGAUGCAGCUUAUGCUUGCGUCGCAGAACUUGGCAAGCUUGACUGUGUGCAGUUUAAAGAUUUAAACGAAGGUAUGUGUAAGUUUCAAAGACGGUUUGCAAACGAAAUAAUACGAUGCGAAGAAAUGGGAAGAAGCUUAGGAUAUCUAGAAGAUCGCAUAAUGGAGAACAGUGCAGACGUAGAGAUUACUGACAUGGAUGAGACGAAUUUUGAAGUUGCGGAUGAACGAGGAUUGGUAACUCUCGAGGCAAAAAUUUCUGAAUUUGAGAGAGAAACCCGACAUCAUUUCAGAAGCGACAUUAAAAUGCGAAAAAGCUAUUAUGAACACAUUGAAUUUCUGCAUGUCUUGCAGAAAACUGAAGAAUUUUUUGACGUGCAUAUGGACGACCAGGCUAUGACAGAGUUGGAAACGGCAGAAGCUGAAGCUUUGGAUGAAUCAGCAAAAUUAGCUCACGAUGACGAUGGAAAAUGGUUUGUUACGGGCAUACUAGCGUGGGAAAAAAGGCUAGUUUUUGAACGGGUAAUAUGGAGAGCCUGUCACAGAGCUGCUUUUGUACGUCACGCUGCGAUUGACGAACUUUUGGAAGACCCUAUAACGGGCACGUCUGAUAGGAAGUGCGUGUUUAUUGUGUUUUUCAAAGGACAGUUUUUGAAGGAAAUUAUCGACAAAGUUUGCGACGGAUUUAAAGCAAGGCAGUAUCCUUGUCCGAAAACGUCUCGAGAAAGAAAAACUAUGUGCGAGAACGUAAUCAGAAGAUUGAAUGACCUUUGGGUGGUCAUUCAGUCGACUAAUCUCCAACGACGCAGGGUAAUGAGAGAGGCAGCAGCUAAUCUAAGAAACUGGCAAAAGGAAGUACAUCUCCGCACUGCUAUUUACCACACACUAAAUAUGUUCAUUUUUGAAGCAGAUAGAAAAUUUUUUGUUAUGGAAGGUUGGGUGCCAGUUAAGCAGCUCAGUAGUAUUCGAAAAGCAUUGGAUAAAGGAGCUGAAAAGAGUAACUCUUCAGUGACUCCGAUGAUUAACUUAAUAGAAACUGCUGAUAAACCACCAACUGACAACGUGACUAACAAAUUUACUGAAGUAUUUCAACUGGUGGUCGACGCAUAUGGAGUGGCAACUUACAGAGAGGUUAAUCCCGCUCCUUUCACAAUUAUUACAUUUCCAUUUCUGUUUGCUGUAAUGUUUGGGGAUGUUGGCCAUGGUCUUCUAAUAUACCUCAUGAUACUAAUGGGAUUGUUUUCGAUGUAUACAGGUUUAUUGUAUAAUGAUGUUUUCGCGAAGUCCACUAAUUUUUUUGGUUCAGCAUGGCGAAACCCAUACAAUCGUUCAUUGAUUGAUAAAUGGACUGAAGAAUCCGCAGCUUUCGGUAAACCUAUGCUGAAGACAUUCGACCCUAAAGUGACUUAUAGGACGGAGAGACCGUAUUUGUUUGGUGUAGAUCCAAUAUGGAGUCUUGCUGAAAAUCGCUUAAAUUUUUUGAACUCGAUGAAGAUGAAGGUGUCUAUUAUUAUCGGGGUUUUGCAGAUGAUUUUCGGAAUUCUGCUCAGCUACUGUAAUUUUUGGCAUUUCGGUUCUUACGUCGAUAUUUUUACUAUAUUUCUUCCCCGUCUGAUAUUUAUUUUAUCCAUAUUUGCUUAUUUGUGCAUUCAGAUUAUAGUGAAAUGGAUUUAUUUUUCCGUUCACAGUGGCACAGUUUUUGGUCAAUUUUAUCCAGGCCCAACUUGUGCACCGUCACUGUUGGCUGGGCUUGUCAACAUGUUUAUGUUAAAGGAACGACCUAUUGGUUUCCUGGCCAACAGUAAUUCAUCAGAAGUUUUGGAUCGUUGUUUCUUGUCACAAUGGUAUCCAUAUCAGUACAUGGUAGAGACGUCUCUGGUUGCUUGUGCUGUUUUGUGCAUCCCAGCCAUGUUGCUCGGAAAACUAUUAUGUUACGCCAUUCCAUUCCGACAUGAAAAGAGUCAUAUUGCAGGCUCGGAAAAUCCGGUUAAGAAAAUGUUUUUAUUGUUUAUGCAGGCAGUUCGGAUUAAUGUGGAAGACGACGGUCUGGAAUUUAUAGCUUCACAAAGACGUAGAACUGAUAGUGAUGCCCAAGAUAUGCCUAAAAGAUUUUCCAAAGAAUAUGCAGAUACAUUAGUUGAACAGGUUAUAAGAACGACCGAGUUUGUACUUGGAUGCGUUUCACAUACAGCUUCUUAUCUGCGGUUGUGGGCACUUUCACUAGCUCAUUCACAGCUUUCCGACGUUCUGUGGUAUAUGCUGUUUGGACAGUGCUUGAAAUAUUCCGGCUUCACUGGUUCAGUUUUUAUUUAUCUAUUCUUUUUGCUUUUCGCAGUGUUGACUUUUGCAAUACUCGUGAUGAUGGAAGGACUGUCUGCCUUUCUUCAUGCUUUACGCCUGCACUGGGUAGAGUUUCAAAGCAAGUUUUAUGAGGGAGAUGGCCAACCCUUCGUUCCUUUCUCAUUUCGGCGAUAUUUGAAGGAGCGUAUCAAAUAG